AGGGACAUAACAAGAAGUCUUGUACUAAUCCCCAAGUUGAAAAACCUCCUAAGAGGGAGGCCAAAGAAAAACCCAGGACAACAAUCAACCCAAGAGGAAGUUGUUGAAGCUGGGAGUCAGAAUUUGUCUUCUGAAAGAAGGGUGCAUCUCAUUCCUAGAAAGGAUGCAAGUGGGUCAAGAAGCAAAGCAAGUGGAUCAGGAAGCCAAGAGAACGACAUUUUCAGAGGUAUGGGGACGAGCAACUCAAGUAGGUUUGCAAUUGGGAAGGAGAAGCUCGGCAAUUGGGAGAGGAGCUCGAAAUUGGGGCGAUACCAAAUUUGGGCGAUU